UAUUAUUAAAAAAGAUGGGUGGAAAAAGGAUUUAUUUGUUGGUGUUGAUGGUGAUGAUUUGUGGGAAUUGCAGUGCUGGAGAAGUUCACAAGGUUGGUGAAUCGUCUGGUUGGACCAACAUAAAUCUUGCUCCUUCAUAUUACAAAUCUUGGACUGCUUCUAAACGCUUCCAAGUUGGUGACACCAUUUUGUUCGAGUACAACAAGGAAUUCCACAAUGUGGUGAGGGUGACGCACAAGAACUUCAACGCGUGCAACACAAGCGCUCCCUACGCCGCGUGGGGUAGCGGCAACGAUUCCUUCACAAUCAGGAGGCCCGGCCACUACUACUUCAUCUGCGGUGUCCCUAACCACUGUUGGGCCGGUCAGAAGGUCGAUAUUCGGGUUGCCCAACACUCGCCCGGCCCAAGACCCACACCUUCAUCAGGCCCAACCUCAAAAAGCCCACUUUCUGUUGCUCAAGGCCCAUCAUCGCCACCUGCUCACCCUCCUAAAAAGAGUGCAUCUUCUUCUCUUCACUCACAUUUGAAGCUUUGGUUAGGUGUGGUGGUGGCUAUUGGCCUUGCACUUUAGGUAUACAUACAUAUAUAUAUAUAUAUAUAUUCAUGAUUAUGUUUUUGUUGUUAGGAUUACUUAGAGGAGAAUUUGUGUUACGAAUCGCCUUAUUAUUUAGCUUUUACUCUUAUGAUCGAGUUAUUUAUUUUGAAUUCAACAUUCUUAUAUCUGUAGUGUGGAUCAUCGAUUUUUCAGUACAUUGUCGCUUUACAAUUAGAUACUCGAUCGAAUUUUGAGUAUAUUGUGACUACGUUUGGUAAAAUCCAAUAUGAAAUAUAAUAUUAACAUGAUUUUG